AUGCCUGCCGUGAUCACACCGAUCAUGGCAACAAGAAUCCAACCCUGUGCCGAGUCGAGAAGCAACGCCAGGCGUCCUCGGCAAGACGAAACUGAGAGCUGUCAAACUACAAGUCCAGGGGAAAAUAUAACUAGUGGUUACUCUGCGGUCGGCGGCCAAGUCCGGUCUGCGUACACACGCGGCAAUGUUAAUCCAGACGACAGCUCAGACGGCCACAGCAACCCUUCUGGAUCAUCUUCUGGCUCAGCCGUUGCAGUCUCGGCAGGCUACAGUCCUUUCUCUAUUGGCACCGAGACCGACGGCUCGCUCAUCGUGCCGGCAGGCAGAGCUGCCCUAUACACUAUCAAGCCAACCAUCGGCCUCGUCCCGCAAGCUAGGAUUGUCCCUAUUUCGUCCACUUUCGACUCGGCCGGUCCUAUGGCUAAGACGCCCUACGAUAUGGCGGUACUCCUCGAUGUGAUUAUCGACCCGGAGUAG